CUCCUUGUCACGAUGAUGUGCUGAACAAAUCGAUCACAUUUAACGAACAUGUUGGAGGGUGCAGUGGCGAGGCUGCUCAACCAGCUCCUCGGCAAAUACGUCACCGAUCUGGACACCGAGAAUUUGAACGUCGGCAUCUUCUCGGGCCACGUGCAGCUGACCGACCUGAAGCUGAAGUCCGAAGCUCUGUACGAAUUGAAGCUACCAAUAGAAGUGACGGCAGGAACAAUAGGCAAGGUAUGGCUGCAAAUCCCCUGGACCUCCCUGUGGAGCCAACCCAUCGUAGUCAACAUAGAAGACAUCCACCUAGUGGUAGAACCCAUAGUGUCCCAAGAAAGAACCUUCGACGCCGAAAAGAACAAACGACUGAUACGUGCCAUGAAGAAGAAGAUCAUCUCAGACCUGGACACCGAGUCAGAAAUCUUCGGAGGUCCCUCAUCGUUCGCUGAACACUUGGUCACCAACAUCCUGAACUGCCUUCAGCUGAACAUCACGAACGUGCACAUCAGAUAUGAGGACUCCGGGAGUGCGAGGAGGCACGUUGCGGCCGGCCUCACCAUUGGAAGCAUCACUGCUGAGUCCACCAACAGCAAGUGGAAGCCGGCACCGUACGAAUGUUACUCCGACAUGUCCCACUAUUUGAUCAAGUUCGAAGCUGUUUCCAUGUACUGGAACGCCAACGCCAAAAAGAAGCAGUGGAACUUGCCCACGGAGUACUACAACUGGAGGAACGCCAUGUCGAGCAGCUUGCAAAACUACUCAAUCAACGAUGAACAAUUUGACUUUUUGGUCAAGCCGAUGACUUCAAAGAUUAAAAUAGUGACGAAGAAGUCGAAGCAAGGCUACGUGACGCACCUGAACACCGACAUCAUCCUCCAAGAUUGCAACAUUCAAGUAUCCAAGGAUCAGUACGAGUCAAUAGUUGCUGUCUUCGACUCUUUGGAAAGGAUGAACAUUAGUUGGAGCUUCCUUGCGUUCAGGCCAAAGGAAAGGGUUUUGGAGAACAGGAGGGCUUGGUGGAAGUACUGUUGCUACGCCCUUCUGGAGCAACGUGUCAAACCUUACACCUGGAGCAAAAUAAAGGCUGUAAGGGCUCACUACAAGGAGUACAUUGAUACGUACAAGCAGAUAAUAUUGAACCCGAACGACACUGAGCUGAAAUUGGACCUGCAGAAGCACGAGGACAACUUAUCGGUCACUAACGUCGUUAUAGCCAGGCAAUAUACAAGAUUACUGGUGCAAUCAAGGAGCAUUGGAGAGAAGAGCUUUUGGUCAAUACUGCCAAGUCCUGAAAGGCUGUUGUUGUGCGAAAAAAUAGGCUUCUUUGGUAAAAACAACGAAGAACGUCCACCAAUUGAAAACAACUACAACUUCCGAAUUGGCAACAUAAGUGCAGCUUUAACAAAUCACAACAAGGAAAUCCUCAUGGUCACCUUGACUCAGAUGCAGUUCUCCUUAAGUCCGAAGUACGGCGAAGACACUUACAAAGCAGGUUUGAAAAUAGAAGGGUUGAUAGUGGAGGGAGCCAGCUCAGAAGAUGCGUUACUGCCAAUCAUUUCGUCGGAGCACCUAAGCGACAGCCCUGCUUAUUUUUUUAAGGCUGACAUUGAAAAAUUGCCAAAGGACUCGUUGCACCCUUACAGGUUGAACGUGGCGUUGCAUUCUGUUGAGUGUCUUUACAACAAGCAAUCAUUGGAUGAACUGGAAGGCUUCUUUGAUAACUUGCUGAUAUCCAAGUGUCUGUAUGACUGCAUCAAGAAAGGCCCUCACACCUUAUUCAACUUUAUGAGUGACAAGUUGGAGCAAUGUUGGGACAUGAACUUGCACAUUAAAAUGCCAUACAUAGUAAUACCUGAGUCACGAAGUUUCUUGAAGACCGAACAUAUUUUAGUCGUUGAUCUGGGCAAAUUCACAAUAACCAGCGAGAUUUGUCAGCAAACUGAGAUAUCCGAGAACGCCACCCAAAUGGAAUUGGAGGAACAGCUGUACUCAAAGCUAAACAUAGACUGUUCCGACAUACAAAUAUUGUUCUGUGAUACUAGUGAUAAUUGGAAGGAUGCUAGGAAGGAGAAGGACACCGAAAUGCACAUCAUACCCAAGACGAAUUUCUCAUCGGUGUAUGCUGUUUCUGUGGCAGAUUUAAAGACAAUACCAUGGUACAAGUUUAACUUGACGUUCCAAAACUUGAAGGUGAAUAUAUCAGAGAGGAAAAUAGGAGUGUUCCUAAAAAAAAGCUUGAUGAUGAGCCAUCCUGAAGACAUGAACGAAGCUUGGGCCAGGUGCGUCGAUUUACCAGGGUUAGAAGACAAUAUAUCUCCAAAUAAUAACAUAGAUGUUUUACUAAGAGUCGUGAUAAACGAGUUUUCUGUAGUAUUCUCUCGAUCAAGCGACAGUACUGAUCGACAGUACUUAAUGCUGAGGCUAAGCUUGCUCUCAAUGGAUGUAGCCCUCAUGACUUUUGGUCCAGCUUAUCAAAUUUCAGUCAACAGCAUACUGCUCACAGAUAAACUGCACACAACCCCAAGUGGGCAGUACCUAGACUUAAUUUACAGCCCUUUACCUCCAAAUAACACUGAUGUGAUUACUAUUUUAUACAGGAAGGUCAGUGCCAGUUGCCCAGACUUCUGGUCCCACUUUCACGGAGUAGAAACAUCCCUAGUAGCCAAUUUGGGGACCAUCAACUUACUGCUGCACCAAGAAGCAGUGCACACCAUCAUCAAGUACUCAAAGUACAUGGUAAACAAAGUCAAAAGCCAAAUAUCCCAGUUUUUAAAGGGCACAAUUAGCAACGGUGUCAAAUUCGUCCUGAGCAUCCUGCACAAGAAAACCGACACUCCAGUACCACCGGGUUCGGUGAAGUUCUCGCAUUCGGCCCGCUUGGGGGACUUGAAUAUAAUCGUGUGCGAUUCGGACUUUGAUAUUGUGAACAUACAAAUGUCCGGUUUGGAGAUGGACUUUCUUUUUAGGGCCAACGAGCGUUUCGUCUUCAGGUCGUACCUGAGCAACAUCAAUGUUGAGCACAUGAGUGACAUAACGUUGUACUCUAAGGUGUUGACUACUGAUGAAGACAAAGUUUUCGAAGUGAAGUACGUCAGAAAUGCUCCACACUUGAAAAGGGGCGACAUAUCAGGAAGUCAGGAUUUUACUGCUGAUGGUACCUUUAAGUUCCAACUGGGACGAAUACAUUGCACUUUUCUUUAUAAACUAAUUGUGCAAUUACAGAGGUUUAUAAUCAACAUGGAGGCACUACCAUACUUGGAGGCAUCAGUUGCCUUCCUGAACAAAGCAAUAAACAAAGCAACAGCCACUUUCACGACCAACACCAAAAUUAAUCUGGCAAUAAACGUGUGUGGUCCAGUUUUGCUGUUCCCUCAAAAGUCAUCAUCACCAAACGUUAUGGUCAUUGACACAGGGGAACUCCACGUGGAAAACUUCUUCAAGGAUUACCCGACUGAAACCAUUGAAAAUAUCUUGUUGAAGCUGAGCGGUAUAACUGUAACAAGAGGCGUUAUGACUUUAACAUCCACUUUGGAGAUGCAGGAGAGCUUAAUUGAGCCAAUUUGUAUGAACAUGGACAUAAAGAGGUACACAAACUCCAAAACCUCACAAAAAUCAUGGGACAUAGACAGUGUGAUAGAAACUAUCCAAAUAACACUGGGACAAAGAGACCUAUCGACUUUAUUCUCCAUUUACACCGAUAACAUCGGAGAAGGACAAAUCCAAGACUUGUUUCCAAACCAGAUAAAGUCUCCUUCUGAGUCACUAGAGUCGGAUGAAACCGUCAAGACUUUAGAAGCCUUUUUCUGUGAGCCCAAACAGAAGAAUAUUGUGGCCAAAUGUGCAAUCGAAGAGAUUCAGUUGUUGCUGUUUUUUGAUUCUGGGGAGUUGUUGAGUUCUCCAAUACGGGACCUCAAUCAUGGGCUGUGUAAGCUGUCGAUUAAUGACUUGGACACAUCUUUUGUGGUUUACACGGAUAAAAGUGUUGAUGGUAAACUGUCUAUUGAUCAAAUUGCCAUAGAAGAAAUUGGACCAGAUGCUAACAUCUACGACAAAAUAAUCCUUCAGUCACCAACAGAGAACCCCAAAAACAACAACUGCAACAUAACAGUGAACAAGCCACCCUUAAUCGACAUAACCUUCCACCAAAACAAAAGUGGAGACAAAUCAGCUGACAUGAUCAUAGGAAGGCUGAGUUUAAGCUUAUCAGUACCAUUUUGUGAAAAGCUAGCCUUGUUUGCCUUGGAGUGUCUUCCCAAAGACAACGUGGACACAGGCAUAAUUAAUCCAGGAUACGAAGCUGACAUACACACUGUAGCAAUUGAACAGAAGUCAUACAACUCAAGCCUCACAGUUUCGUUGCGAAUCAACAAGCCAGAACUGAUAUUUUUGGUCGAAACCACCUCAAACAAAAAGCGGUAUUUCAUAACAAAGAGUGAAAUCCUCCUGGAUUAUUCGAGGCAUGGCAACAGGUUGAACUUGGUCACUUCCUUUUCCGGCCUUCACACUUUGUUUUACGACAUAGGGGUGUACUCCUCCGAGCCUUACGUGAUUUUGAAGCAGUGCGACGUGGAGUUCUGCAAGUGCUUCACCGAGGAAAAGGGCAACAAAAUAUCCCUGUCGAUAUCUUCGAUUUACGUCCGGGUUUGCAGUGAAGUCGUCCACUCGCUGAACGACAUCCUGAACGACAUAGUGGAGCACUUCAGAGUACCCGACAGGGAGCUCAAAAAGGAAACGUGGAAGUCGGAGCAAGGCAAAGUAGAAGACUUGUGGGAGCCGAAGAAGAUAACCGAGUUCAUUGAGAACGCCGGUACCAUCAUGGACAAUAAAACGAACAACACCAUAGUCACCCACGAAAUCCUGCUCAUUCCCAAGUUUGAAAUUAUUGUAGUCUUCGAACUGGAACAAGUCCAGGUGCUGCUAAUCAAAUCAACCAUAGAAUUAACUUUGUACGACUGGUCUUCUUUGCUCAAUUGUACCUGCGAGGUGACCUUGCAAGGGAACUACUUCAAUGAAAGCUUACAAACUUGGGAGCCGUUCAUAGAUCCCAUAGUUUUGGACGAAACCGAAUACAGACCUUGGGACAUUUUGUUUAAAAUAUAUCAGGACAAAUCUAUGGCAAUGUUGGACACCAACGAGCAAAAACCAAAAGGUAAUGGCAAAGUUAAGAGGACACCUCACUCCUGUAACACCACCGAAGAUGAAGACUCAGGAGAAGACAUGAUGUAUUUGGAGCCCAUCAAUUCCUUACACAAUGGUAACAACAGAAGGGUCAAGACCAGCUUGUCAACCUUCCUAGAUGACUCUGACUCAGAAAACGAAGACGAAACUAUGGAAAAGCUGGCUGCUGCUAUUUCUGACCUUUUUACUGGUGAUUGGAAUGAGCACGAAGACAGUGACUGUGACCAAUCGAGUGAUGGCGAGGAGGACAACGAGGACAGCGUCAAGGAAAAAGCUCAAGAACAUUCUGACUUUAACAUGAACUUCAAAAAAUCUUUGUACAUUUUGGUUGAUGCCAAAGACACCCUUAACGUCACCAUCACUCCGGUGUUUCUGAAAGUAUUAAACGAGCUUUACGUCAUGUAUUCGACGAAGAUUUUAUCAGUCUUGGACAAUCGGAAGUCCAUCACCUUAACCAACGAUAUUGCACCGCAAACCAAGAUUGAAUUGUAUGAAAAAACGUCCAAUGACGCAGAUGGGAACUAUUUAAUCAGUGUUAAAACUUACGAAAAGGAAGAGUCAGUACCCAACAGUCCGACCAAAACCGGGUACUUUGUCCCAAGCUUCAUUGACAACAUGAACGACGACAAAGAUAGUGAUGACACGAUUAAAGAAGAACAAGAAUUCCAAUAUGACUUCGAAACGUUGUCCAGCCUUCAGUUCCCAAUAGAGACUACGUCCCAACUCUUUGAUAAAAUCAACAGACACUUCAUGAAAAUUUACGUACCCAACUUCCAUACAAUUCAAACUAACUGCCCGAAACGUAACUGGGAAAAACUUAUUAGGUUGCAAUCUAACACCACGAAUCAAACUUACUAUCUGGCAGCAAAGCACACCUUGGGAAAGAAUGGAAGAAACGUCGUGAUUAGUCCGCCAUUACAGAUCAAAAAUGAAACUUGCUUUGCCUUAAGUAUUCUGUACCAACCUUCUGUACUACAACAACUAGGUCUGGAACCUUUGGGAGACAUAACAAAUCCCUUUGAAACAACCAUGAGGAUUGCUGUCUUGGAAGCUUAUGAGCAAUACAAUGUACCCUUACACAUUGCAUAUCAUUGUAAGCUUUUCAUACAACCAGCUUAUGCAGAAGGCCACUAUGCUUCAGAAAAUGGUAUUUGGUGGAAAGAUUUAGCUACAGAAUUGGACACAGCCAUAAAUCUAAGGUGUAAACCAAAGUCUGAGUCAAACCUGGAGGUGUUUUCUCUUAGGGUAAUGAUGAAACGAAACCUGGAAAUGAAGAACUCUCAAGCCCACUCAAUACCUAACUAUGUUAUUCACCUGUUGCCCCCGUUGAUCCUCCACAACUAUCUGCCCUACUCCUUAGAAGUAGAAAACAUACAACUAAAACAGUUGAUUAAGGUUGAACCCGGUGAAAAAAAUAGUGUGUACUCCUUAGACUUGUCCAGAGACCAAAAGUUGCUGGUUAGAGUUAAGUAUAACACAAUUUGCUGGACUGGGCACUUGAAUUUAACCACACAUUUGGACGAAAAAAUCAUUGUUCUAACCUCAGAGACUACAGACAAUUUGAAAACUCUUGGUAUUAACGUGAAAAGCGACAGAGAAAACAGCGUGAACAUCUUCUUCUACGCGCCAUAUUGGAUCAUCAACAAAACGGGCUUGCCUUUGGAAAUUAAGGCUUCAGCCACGAAUUCAACGUACAAAAGCAUAAACGAGGAUAUUCUGUUGUUCACCUACAAACGGCACGGCAAACAAACGUUGAACGUCAGAGUCUACGAGUCAAACUGGUCCAAUGAGUUCGGAUUGGAGUGCUCCGGUACCACUGGACUGGUUGUUUGUAAGGAUAACACAAGGAAGAAGAAGUACUUGUUCUUCCUCAACACCAAGCUGUCCCAAAUCUGCCCGAGGCUUACCAAAAUUGUCACCUUGUUGCCCAGUUUUAUUGUUACCAACAAUACCGAUAAAAAUUUAAGGUUCAUGGAACACAACGAAAAGACGGACCUGUGGGUGGACUUAAGUCCUUAUCAAAAUGUAGUGUUCUGGCCUGAGACGUCGUCCAUGCAAAUGUACGUCAAGUACAGGGACAGCAAAUUGAUAUCUCAGGCCUUUUAUAUGACCACUCAUCACAAAACUGUUCUGAGAAUGGACCGGGGGGGGGCACUAACUGUUGAGGUCACUGGAGGCAUCAACGAACCCUUCAGAAUCUCCUUUCAGGAGUACAAAAGAGGAGAUGCUCCGGUACUUGUCAAGAACUAUUGUGCUGAUGUGUUUCUGAAGAUACAACAACAAGACCAAAGCCCUGUGACCUUGGUGAACCCUUAUAACUGCCUCAUGUAUACUUGGGAUGACCCAACCAGGUCCAGGCAGUUAGUCUGGAACAUCUACAACAAUAAAGGCUCGGGAUUUUUUAUAGACAUAACUAAAGAUGGAUACGGUGAAGAAAAGAUUAAAUUCCAUAGUGUAACUCCCAACACAAGCAUGCAGGAAUCAUCCAGCAGUGAUGACUCAGACAGCUCCGACAGCAUGCAAAGCACCAUGAACAAGAAAGUCAGGAAAGAUAAAAUAAUAAUAUAUUGGCUUUGUUACCGAGAAGGACUGCAAAGGAUCCUGCUAUUUACCCAAGAACUAAGGAUCUACAACAACAUCUUAAGAAACAUCUUCCAAGAGUCAUCAAAUUUGGACUGCUUAGUGUCUUUAUCCGGCGUAGGUUUCUCCAUUUUCACCAGUGAAAACGCCAAAAAGGAGCACGUUUACUUGGCACUGACUGACACACCUGCAGUUUGGGAAGUGAACGUGGGCCACAAGUGGAAAACGUUAACCUUAGAGCUGGCGUCUUGGGUCGAGGACAAGUACCGCUUGCACUACAAAAAAUGUCAAUUAAAGGACUACAUCCACAUUGAUUUCGAGAAGAUGUUUAUGUUGAAGCCCUUCUUCGCAGAACUCAGGAGGUCCUACAGUCCUGCCGUGUAUUUCCACGUCAGGAAGUCAAAUUCGUAUCAGUAUUACAACCUGAAGAUCCAAAACGUGCAGGUGGACAAUAAGUACUCGAAUGCCAUUGUGUUACACCCCGUGCCAUCGAGUAACAUUAAAGAAACAAACCCUUUUGUGGACGUAGGGGUUUCCAAAUACAUUUCCAAGGAUUGUGACGUCUACAGGUACAUCAAAGUGAAUGUGGGCGACAUGUACUUGAACAUAGAAAACGACUUGUUCCUUGAGUUGUCGCAGCUGUUCUCAGAAAACAAGAGAUUGUGUUCGGAAGUGUCAACCAAUUACGUGCACGAUAUAUCGUCAAUUCACUCCUCAAUUACAAUAAAGCAAAUUGCCUCAGAUCAUUCCAGAACUGUGAUAGAGAACAUAAGCGUGAAUAGUUUUUCGGUGCAACUGAACAUCAUGAAUAAAGUUCAAAUCAGCCUGACAAACACCAAAAUUUUCCCAAUCAAAUUCUUGGACUAUCUGUUUCCCAUCAACAUAUCUCCGUACAUGCCCAUGGAGGGCGUCCACCACAAAAUUUCCUCCAUUGAGCUCAUAGACCUGAACCAAAGUCUCAGCGAAUGCAUCUACGACGUUCUUGAUCAAAUCACCACGCAGUUCCUACAGCAGUACUACUCGCACGUGCUUGGGUUGCAAGUUUUGGUCAAUUCUUUCGCAAUAACACCAUCAAUUGAGUACACCCACGUCGACACGGAGAAGAUCGUCAAUUUAUUGUUGUACGGUUCGAGGUGCCUAUUGGGGCACAUUAACAUGUCACCUGCAGCUUUGGAGCAGUGCAUCGUGGACAUUUUCAUCAACCAAAACAUUGAGAACAUCCAGCGGAUAAGGCGGCACGGCUCUUACUACAAAUCAGAGAUGUUCCCCAAAGCCAUAACAAUAUCCAGCAGGAACUUCAACACUGGAGUACCGAACGCGUUGAAUCAAAUCAUUGUCAAACACCACAACGCUGGAAUUAACUGUGAUGGAGAAAUGUUCUUCAAAACUACAGGCAAAGCCUUGUUGUCUUUAAUCACGAGGCACCCGGACGAAAAGUCGGACAGCGUGGAGGUGGCCAGGGAAGCACUCAGAAGGGCGUCGAUUUUGGGGGAACCGAUCAAAAUCCACCAAAGAUUGGCCCGUUAUUGCAAUAAAUACUUGGGUCUUAAGCCGAUGUCCGUGUACGAAUCAAUGGGGCAACAUCUGUUGGAAACGGUGGGCAGCUCCAGGUUCAUCAACGACUCGUACUGGAACCACGCAGCCAUCGACAAAAUUGGAAAGUCCAUCAUAAUUGUGUCAUUAGAGCAUGUAAUCAGAAUUAACAAAUGUAGAUUGUGGGGUCCUUGGGAGGUGGAAUGGAUAAUGGAUCUGGACGACAUAGUGUCCAUGCCUAAGGUCAACUCCGGCGAAUUAGUGUUGAAUAUAAGACCAAAUGAAGCCAACGUAGGUGACCAAAUCAAAAUAAACGGGGAGAAGGAGAUGCUUUUGUGGCUUCACGAGAAAAUUGAGCAAGCAAUCAUUGUUAGCAUGGAAGAUAAAUCUUGGGCACUAACUGACAACUAAAUGUUUUUAUUCAUAUACUUGUACAUGUAUUUAUUUGAGUAAAUAAAAUUAUAUAACGUU